AUGAAGCUGACGGUUAAGGAGAAGGUGAUCGUGGCCCUGCUGGGCGUCACGGUAGCCCUAGGCCUCACCGCGCUGGUGCUCACCCUGGUGCAGGUCGCCAGCAUCCUGCUGCCCGUGGACACCAAGUUUGGGAUCGUGUUUGAUGCGGGGUCCUCCCACACGUCCCUCUUCGUGUACCAGUGGCCGGCGGACAAGGAGAACGACACCGGUGUGGUCAGCCAAACCCUGACCUGCCAGGUGAAAGGGCCCGGCAUCUCCUCCUACACCUCCGACCCCGCGCAGGCCGGCGAGAGCCUGCGGGGCUGCCUGCAGGAGGCGCUGGCCGCCAUCCCCAAGGCCCAGCAGCAGCGGACGCCCCUGUUCCUGGGCGCCACGGCCGGCAUGCGGCUGCUCAGCCAGAAGAACAGCUCCCAGGCCGGGCACAUCUUUGCAGCGGUCUCGGACGUCCUGGGCCGGGCCCCCGUGGCCUUCAGGGGCGCCGAGCUCCUGACCGGGCAGGACGAGGGCGCCUUGGGCUGGAUCACCAUCAACUACGUCCUGGGCCUGCUGGUCAAGUACUCCUUCUCCGGAGAGUGGAUCCGGCCUCCGGAGGGGACGCUGGUGGGCGCCCUGGACAUGGGCGGGGCCUCCACCCAGAUCACCUUCGUGCCCCAAGGCCCCAUCCGGGACCAGAGCACCCAGGCCUCCUUCCGGCUCUACGGCUUUGAGCACCGGGUCUACACCCACAGCUACCUCUGCUACGGGCGCGACCAGGCGCUGACCAGGCUGCUGGCCAAGCUGGUGCAGAACAGCACGGCUCCCCUUGUCCGGCACCCGUGCUACCACGGCGGCUACGUGGACACGCUGUCCCUGGCCCCCCUGUACGAGUCGCCGUGUGUCCGGGCCGCGCCCCGCCCGGGCUCCCCCGCGAGCCUGCCCGUGGAGGGGACCGGGAACCCCGGGGCCUGCGUCUCCGCCAUCCGAGAACUUUUCAACUUCUCCAGCUGCAGCGGCCGCCAGGACUGCGCCUUCAACGGGGUCUACCAGCCCCCGGUGCAGGGCCAGUUCUAUGCCUUCUCUAACUUCUACUACACCUUCCACUUCCUGAACCUCACGGCUGGGCAGCCGCUGGCCAAGGUCAACGCCACCGUCUGGGAGUUCUGCCAGAAGCCCUGGAAGCAGGUGGAGGCGUCCUGGCCCGGGCAGCAGCCGUGGCUGCGUGACUACUGCGCCUCCGGCCUCUACCUCCUCACACUGCUGCUCCAGGGCUACGGCUUCAGCGAGGAGACCUGGCCCCGCAUCGCCUUCCGCAAGAAGGCUGGGGGCGCUGACAUCGGCUGGACACUGGGCUACAUGCUGAACCUGACCAACAUGGUCCCGGCCGAGGCGCCCGCCCCAGGCCGCGCCCAGAGCCAGGCCGUCUGGGUGGCCGGCGUCAUCCUGGUGGCGCUGACCCUCGUGGCCGUGCUCGCCGUGGCCGUGGCCGUGGCCCAGCUCCUCUGGCGCCGGGCCUGA